AUGGCGACAGUCAAGCAAUCGCCCUUGGCCUUUAUGGACGAGCUCGACAGCCCAUCUGUUUUAUACUAUCGUCCAGAUAAUACAGCAUCAACCUCUACCACCGACACCCGCGAUCCUCCUCUCAUAAUCUUUCUAUCAUGGUCGGGUGCUCGUGAUAUUCAUAUUGCCAAGUACAUUUCCCAGUACCGCUCCAUGUAUCCAACAUCUGCUAUCUUGCUCUUCCGAUCUUCUCCCAUGCUAUUUAUGCAACCCAAACUCCGUCGCAAUCUCUUCAAAUCUGCUCUACCUAUUCUUCAAUCGAUCCCUAAUCCGAAAGAUAACGAUCCUCAAUUUCUUCUCCAUAUCUUCUCCAACGGCGGUGUCAGCUCUGCCGUUACAUUGUUCGAGCUGUGGGAGUCUGCACUUGGAAACGAGCUAGUCCCUCGGCACGCAGUUGUGAUGGACUCAUGCCCUGGUUAUUUCCACUGGAGACGCGAUCACCAUGUGGUUUCUAUGGACUUCCCCUGGUUUAUGUCGCCUCUUGUCUGGGUGGUGCUUGGCUUUGGCUGGCUCUACUGCGUUCUAUACCUGGGCUCUAUGCCACAUAAUACUAAUGCUUUGGCGCUCAACCACUCAAAGAGAACGAGUCGCGAAACGGCGAGGGCGUAUUUGUAUGGUGAUGCGGAUAAGUCGGUUGGAUUUGAAGAUAUCGAGUCUCAUGCGUUAGAUGCAAAGAAGAAUGGAGCCAUUGUGAGAACGGAAAUGUUCAAGGGAGGCGCUCACGUUGCUCAUGUUAGAAUUGAUGCCGAUAGAUACUGGAAGGCUGUUCGAGAGACUUGGGAGGAGAAAUGUAUAUAG